AUGAAAUAUAAUGAUUUCUUUGAAAAUAGCCUUUAAAUAUAACAUUAUAUUUUACUUCCCCAUUCAUUUUCAGUUGCCAAUGAUAUUUGUUCUUAACAUAAAUGUAAAUUAAACUAAAAUUUUGCAAAAAUUUAUUAAGUUUCAUUAUAUAAAUUGAAAUAAAACAUCGGAUAGUUAUUCUUAUUAAUUCAAAAGUAAAUAAUUGAUUUAUUUUUAGGUCUAUCAUUUUUCUAAUUUAUCUUAUGGUAUACAAGGAAGUAAUAGAAUUGUUUAUUAAAAAUCUAAUUAGGCUUACCCGUAUCAAUUUAUAAAAAUUACAAUCGUAUAUUUCUAAAGUGAUUAAAACUUAGAAAUAUCUAUACUUACAAUCUAAAGGGUAAUUUUCUGGAAAGAAUUCUUUUCAUAUAUAUCUCUGGAUAUGGAUAUGUUGAUAAUAAUUUUAUUAAUAACUUUUAUAAUACAAAUUAAUAGAAAAUCAAAUCAAUAUUCUUGGAGAAUUAAAAUAUAAAGUUGCAGAUUGUAAAAAUAUAUCUAAAAAUCAUAGUUGGAUACAGCAGGACAAGACAAAUUCAGAAAAAUCUCAUAUAUUAAUUAUUGGUAAUGAUUAUUGCUGAAAACAAUAGAGGAGCACGGGAUAAUUAUAGUUAAUGAUAUAAUAGACAGAGAAUCAUUAGAUUCUUGAUUCUAUGAAGAUGUGGAUAUCUGAAAUUGAUAAGUAUGCUUAUAGUAUAUAAGGGUAUAGAUAUACAUAAGAAGAUAUGGAAGACAAAAGGACUGUGUCUAAUGAGGAAGGUGAAACAUUAGGUAGCAUUCUAAAUAAAUAAAAUCAAAACAAUUAAAAUUGUAAUUCAAAGAAACUUCAGCUGAAUAGUCAACUAAUAUUUAAGAAUUUGGCAAUUGGCAAAAAAUAUUCUAAAAAAGUUAGAAUUCUUUGAAAGCAGAUUUUAAUUAAUAUAAGAAAGUGGGAUAGAUAGUAUAAACUUAGAUAGUAGGUGAUUGGAAUUAAAAAAGUUCACAAUGUUGUUGAAAUAUAAUUAUUAAAAUUAAACACGAUUAUGUUUGUAAUUCGUUUCUUACCUUUUCUACUUUUCUUCACAUGUUCAAUUAUUUUAGAAAGGCCUAUUACUUAAAUAUCUUGGUGUGGAGCUUCUAUCAUUUAUACAAGGGAAGAUGAAAUUAUACCUUAAUUUCAAGGUUUAGAAGAAGAAAAAACAAUAUUCUUCAUCACUGAAUCUCAUCAUAUAUUUUAAAGUAUUGGAACUGUUUGGAUUUAGAUUGAGGGAUUAUUUGAAGAUAUUUAGGUAUCUCCUGCAGAUUCACGUGUUAUAUAUUUAUUUGGUCAAUAGGGUUAGAAAAACUAUAGAACAAAUGAUUGCGGUGAUAAUUUUGAAGAAAUAGACACGGAGGGUUUCUAUGGAUUUAGAUUGAAUAAAAGGAGUUGGAAAUGGAUAUUAGCAUUUAAAAAAUAAUAAUGUGAUCAUUUUGACAUGGAUUGCAGAGAGCCAUAUAAUAAUUAAUUGUUUUAUUCUGAAAAUGGAGCAAAGACAUGGUUACCAUCAUUUAAAAAUUGUAGAGAAGCUUCAUGGGAUAAAGUGAUAGAAGAUAUUACAGUUCCAGAUGAAAGAUCUAUUAUAUUAUUUUCUAAUGAGAAUUAAACUUAAUUGAUUUACUCUGAUGAUUUUGCUAAUUAUCAUACUUUCAUGAUUGGAGCAUAAGGAUAUUAUUAAACCUCAAAAUAUUUAUUUGUUUUAACAUCUUCUAGUAAUGGAGGUUAUGAAUUACAUUAUGGUAAUUCUAAAUUAGAAGAAUUUUAAGAAAAAUUAGUAGAGUUACCAUUAUAAAUUUUAAAAGAAUAUUCAUAUACAGUUUUAGAUACAGAAAAUGGUAGAAUAUACUUAUCUGUUUCUCAUUAUUAAUAAGAAUAAUCAGAAUCUAAUGUUUAUAUUAGUAAUUAAAUAGGAUAAGAUUUCUAAAUAGUUUUGACAAAUAAUGUUAGAUCAACUUAAGAUGGAAAUUGUGAUUUUGAAAAACUAUUAGGAUUAACAUCAACUUAUGUAGCAAAUACAUAUGAUUAAAGAGAUUAAAAAGAUAAAUUAACAGUUAUUAGUUUUAAUGGAGGAAAGAAAUGGGAAUCCAUAAAAGCUCCAAAGAAUGAUUCUGAAGGGAAUAAUAUAGAAUGUGGAGGAGAAUGCUCUUUACAUUUUUUGGGAAGGACUGAAUCUUAUAGAUAAACAAUAUAUACAGUAGAAUAAGCACCUGGUAUAAUUUUAGGAGUUGGAAAUGUUGGAUUAUUUAUAACAUAAGAACAAAAUACCUAUAUGUCAGCAGAUGGAGGAUUGAAUUGGAUUGAAGUAAGAAAAGGAUCACAUGUAUUUGAAAUUGCAGAUUUUGGUGGAAUUAUUGUUGUGGCAAAAGAUUAUGAACCUACUAAUGAAAUCAUUUAUUCUAUUGAUUAUGGUAAAACAUGGAAAACUAAAAUCAUCUAUGACGAUUUAUUUAUGGCCCAAAAUAUUGUUACUGAAGCCUCUGGUACAGUUAGAUAUUUUCUUAUUUAUGGUAGAACUGAUAAAGGAGAAGGCAUCAUUUUAAAAUUGGAUUUUAGUGAUAUUUUUCUAAGAGAUUGUAAAUCCAAUUUAGAUUAUGAUAUAUGGAAUUCUAAAUGUAUUGAUGGUUCUUAGACUAAAUAUUAUAGGAAAAAAGAAAAUUCAUAAUGUUUUAAUCCUAAAUGGAUGAUUACCAAAAAAAUUAUUGAACCUUGUCCUUGUAAAAGAGAAGAUUGGAAUUGUGCUUCAGGAUAUGCUAUUUAAAGAGAAGGAGGAGAUUGUUUACCUAUUGUAAAUAUUUCUGAUAACUGUGAACCUGGCAAAACCUAUUUUAAAUCAUAAGGAUACAUUAAAUUAACUUCAUGUGUAGGAGGGUAUAUUUUCUUAUAAUUAUAUAAGUUUAGAUUUAGAUAAAAAAGAAACUUAAUGCCCUAAAUCCUUCAGCUUUUAUCAAGUUCUUUUAUAUUUAAUAAUUAUUGUAUUCCUAAUUUUUCUGGUUUUAUUUGGUUAUGUACUGAUUAGAAGAAAGACGAUUUUUGUUGAGAAUAAAGAAACUUAGCAAAAAUUGUUAAAUUUAUAAAAUAAAUUGAAUGCCUAAAACAAACAACAUAAUGUUUGA